AUGCGAAAGUUGGAAUGGGACGACAUGGGAGUGAAGGUUGAUGGUCCGCAGCUACACCAUUUGCGCUUUGCUGAUGACAUCGUACUGGUAACACCUAGUAUCAGCCAAGCGGAACGAAUGCUGACCGAAUUCGACGAAACAUGUGGAUGCAUCGGUCUUCAGCUGAAUCUACAAAAGACGAUGUUCAUGCGGAACGGAUGGGUCUCGGAUGCCCCAUUCACGCUCAACGGAACGAACAUAUCCGAAUGCACCAGCUACGUUUAUCUGGGUCGGGAACUGAACAUGAUGAACGACCUGACCCCCGAGCUGGGCAAGAGGAGACGAGCGGCUUGGAGAGCGUACAAGGGCAUCGAGAAUGUAGUGAAGAAGACCAGGAACACCCGGCUCCGUGCUCACCUCUUCAACACCACCGUACUUCCUGCUUUGACCUAUGCUUCGGAAACCUGGGCAUUUCGCAAGCAGGAAGAAAACGCGGUGAGCGUCAUUGAACGCGCAAUUGAGAGAGUGAUGCUAGGAGUAUCCCGUUUCACGCAAGUGAGGGACGGGAUUCGAAGUUCUCUCCUACGUCAGCGAUCGAAGAUUAGAGACGCCGCCGCGUUUGCCAAGGAAAGUAAAAUAAGGUGGGCCGGACACGUGAUGCGCUUUGAUGACAACCGUUGGACCAGAGCCGUGAGCGACUGGGUUACCCGCGAUAUUAAGCGCACUACAGGAAGACCGCCGACCCGACGGUCAGAUUUCUUCACGAAGUCCUUGAAAGAAAAAUAUGAUGCUCUUCGUGUCCCACGCGAAAGGAGGAACCACUGGGCUACUCUGGCACGCGAUCGGGACAAAUGGAAGAAUUACCUCGACCACUUCGAAGAUCAACGGGAGUCAAGGUGA